GCAAACAAACAAAGGCAAAAAUAAAUUUGUAACAAUGAGAGAAUACUACGCAUACAGGCUCCAACAAAGAGAAAACGAAGGUAAAUGUCUACUGCAAGGAGGUCGUUUGUUCCUCCAGUUCAUAGUGGACUGCUAUUGUGCUAUAGAAGCUGAGAGGUUGAAUUUCAUUAGAAAUAAUCAGGCGUCUUUGAGACGUGAUUUGUACAAUAACAUAUGUGACGCAAUUCUUAAAGGAGACUCAUCAGGUGCAUCAGUAGGAAAGAGGAUUCUACUUCCAUCAUCAUUCACUGGAGGACCAAGAUACAUGCAACAAAAUUUCCAAGAUGCAAUGGCAAUUUGUAGAUGGUAUGGAAACCCACAUCUUUUCAUUACAUUCACAGCAAAUCCAAAGUGGCCAGAAGUGGAAUCGAUGCUAAAAGAACAAAAGGCAGAGGAUAGACCUGAUAUCACUUCAAGAGUAUUUAAACUCAAACUUAAACAGCUAAUGAAAGUCCUCAAAGAAGACCAUUACUUUGGAACCGAUAUUGCAGAUGUUUGCACAAUAGAGUUUCAAAA